GCGGCGGCGCGCAGGAGGGCUUCGCUAACUUCACCCAGCACAUUUUUAUAUCAAUGGUAUUUCUUUAAUUUUCUCAACCGCAGAAAUGACUCUACCAUACUCCCGAAGCGUAACGACACUGAAGACAAUGACCGUCGCGGAACCGAGCACGCAGACUAUCUUGACAUCCACUCCUGUCGGGAUAAGCGAAGGGUCGACGAGUUACCGAACGGUAAACCUCGCCGGACCUCAGCUGCAGCCGGUCCAGUACAUUAGCAGCCAAGUGGAGGGGAACGUGAUGUACGGCGGCGCACGUUACCUGGUGCCUGUGCAGCAGCGGCCCGCGGAGUCAUACCUUUACCUGAGUCAGGCACCGCGAGUCGUGCAACCGGUGUACUUCCAGAACGUCCAGCCCGUUAGCGUCAGCAGCGUCGACGAAACCGACACCUACAGACAAAUCAACAUAAAUGGACAAACUUCUGUCUUCAGCCAGUUAUCCAGUCCAGUCAAAAGCCCUGAACCAUCUGAGUCGGAGCUGGUGGAGACAUCAAGCGUUCGAGAGGAAGUCGUGGAUCUGAAAGAAAUAAAGAAUGGUCAUUCUGAGAUUAAGACCGAGGUUAUCGAUGUGGAACCGAUCGCCAAGAUGGACAACCGCUUCUUUGGCGAGCUUCUUGCCGAGGUUUACCGCAAGAACUCUGAUAUUCACACCUGCAUCUCCGAGCAUGUGGCCAAGAUUCGUGGAAGGAAACACCUUCUGGACCCCACCAUUGACUACAAGGUGGAAAAAGAAGAAAUAGAGAGUGUCAUUCCUGAAGGAGUGUCCGAACUGACUAAGCAGCAAAUUCGCUACCUGCUGCAGACUCGUAUGACGGCUGAUAAGACCAUGCGUCUGUUGAUGGCCACAUUCAGCAGUCUGCGAGAGGAGCUAGUGCAUAUGCAGGAUGAUCUGAGGCGUCUGGAGAGCGAGAAGGAGGAGCUGGAGAGAGAUCUGAGCUUCAAGGCAGAUCAGGCUCUGCAAUACGACAGACUACUGGAGACCGUUCGUGAGCACAACAGACAGCUGCAGGCUUCUGUGAAGGAAAGUAAUAAUGCUCAGCGUAUUCUAGAAAGUCAGCUACUGACCAUGCAGAGCAAAGACCCCAGCAAAGACUUCCACAUUAAAGAAUUGGAGGGCAGCAAAAGAGCCUUGGAGCAGGAGAAUGAGCUGCUCAGGAAGAAGCUGGCAGGACAGUGCAGUAGUUCAACUGUCCAAAUCAAAACACAGGAGCUGUCCAGAGAGUAUGAACAGAUGCUGAAAGAUCUACGAGAGGAGAAGGACAGAGAACUCAAUAACCUGCGGAGUCAACUUGUAAAGAUCCAGACCGAGCGCACCAUUAUACAGACCUCCGACAGCGGUUUGGAGAUGCGUAUCUCUGAGCUUCUGUCCAAACUAGAGCAGCGUGAAAGUCUCAUCAAACACCAGGAAGAGGAAAUCAGACGACUCAAACAGCAGAAGACCGACUCCAACUCUAGCAGUACAACGAGGACUGUCGUUACCAAGAGAUACAUGAACCAGUACCCUAUUCUGGGUCUGCUGAGUGACGAGUACCAGUACACACCACCCAUUAAAGAGGACAGGACUGUCAUCAUCGAGAGUACGGGGGUCAGCACGCGAGUCAUCUAGACUGAAUGAACAGGAAGAAGAUUUAGAGGCCUCCCCGUGUUCCCGUCCAAAUCUCAUUCCCUCCCUCUCUCUGCCUGCAUGCUGCCCUCCUUCCAGUGGAUUCUAUUGGUGAUGGUGGAGCUGACUUUUUAGUUUCCAUGCUUUGGAUUUGAAUAAUGCCGUAUGAAGUAAGAACUAGAAUGGCGUUUAAUUUAUUAUACUACUGAUAGUUAUUUUUAUAUUUUUGAGUCAUAUGAUGCACCACAAACUUUAGUAGCCUCCUGUCAACACUACGGUAAGCAUGUAAAUGUAUGGAGAGAAAUGAUUUGCAAGUAUCAUAUACCUUGGUAGGAAUAAAAGUUGAGCAUUGUCAGUAAUGUAAAAGGUGAUUGCUGGUUGGUUUUCUUAUUCAUUUGGGUAUAUUCAUUAUGCUAAUUUUACUAGGUUUUGGUCGGCCAGUGCAAGUUUUUGAAUGGCCCAUGCAGAUAUCUGGAGAGCAGGAUGAUCCACUGUAUAGAAAUUUCUCACCAAGUCUCACCAGGGAUGCAUUUAUUUGAUC